CAAAUAUUAAAGAACAUUUCUGGGGAUAGGUUAAGAUCAAUUAGGAGUGUGAAAGUAUAUAUAGCAAGGAUUAAGAAUAACGAAAGAACAUGAUUACUUGGAUGAAGGCGGAAUGAAUUUGCGAAUGUAGUAUAUGGCGGAAGAUUUGUAAUGAAACGAAUUAGUUGUUUACUUUAUCGGUAUAAAACUUAUCAUAUACCUUGGAUAAAAUGGAAUGAAGAAAGGUUGUUAAGAACUGCUGUUACGCCAUCGUCUACUUCGAUGGAUAUCGUAAAAUUGCGCUCAAAUCGUUGUCAAAGUUUGGUUUUGUCAUGUUCACUUAUCAAAGAUAAAAAUUGGAGAAAGAAACUGGAAUAUGCUGCUGCUUGCUAUCAAGCUAAUACUGAAGAUGCUUUAAAUGCCGUUGUUUCGCUUGCCGUAGAAGAUUGCAAAAAUGGGACGAGUACUGCCAAUCGUUUACUUUAUUUAGCUAUGGAUAUGGCUUUGAACCAGGGUCGUAUUGAUGUAGCUGAGGAAAUGUUCAAGUUAUUGCCUCGACGUAUCCAUGUAUUAGCUACUAGUUUAAAGAUUCGUCUUUUCGUUCUUCAAAAACGCUUUUGGGAUGCAUUGCGCGAAGUGGAAAAGGUGUUAAAUGAAGAUACUGCAGGCUUGGAUGUGUCGACGAAGAUUUCAAAGUCUGUAAUGGACGAAUUUUACGAAGCGCUUUCAGCUUGUGACAAUUCAGUCGAUGAGGCGAAACGAUUAUUCGAGCUACAAAGACUCCUUAGCAAAUACAAUAAGCGUACAACGAAAACACUGCGUGAAUUGCUACUGUCUGAUAUGUAUAUUGCGUCCAGAAAAAGAACCAUGAAAAACAAUUUGAAAAUUAAUGAUAAUAUAUUGAACAAAGUUGUUGAGCAAGUUCCAGAAGUGCUUACCAGUAACAAAGCACUUUUUGAUUAGAGCUUUUUUGUAAUGCACUGUAAUGUCACAUUUUAGAUAUGUUGAAAAUCUGAUCUAAUUAAGGUUUGCAAAGGUGGCAUUUUUUCUGGCCCAAACCGAUUGGUUAUUUAUCAUAUAAGUUAGGUAUGUUGAGAUUGAAUUUCGUUUCAUUUCAUUUUAAUUUCAGUAAAUUUGUCG